GGCUUGUCUCCUCCCAUUCGUGGCUGCAGUCACUAGGGGUAGCAGGCGAUGCGCGGUGGCUGACGCCUCUCAGACAACCUCCCAUCAGUGGCCCCGGUCACUGAUGCAGAGGCUCUGUCUGAGAGGGCCAGCCACACGCCAUCGUCUCCCUCUGGUGACGCAGCACGAGUGGUCGCAGGAGCAAGUCACGCGUGAUGGCACGGAGAUGGGGGGCUUGGACUCAGUGCCGCUGGGAGCAUGCGCGUUGUGCUCAGUUCCGCAUGGUAGAGGGGUUCAACCCCUCUCUGCCAUUGCGGUCUGGGUAGUGGCGUGCGCGUCAGUUGGCACGAGUGGCAGGCUCCGGCACAAGCUCCCACCUCACCGUGGUGUGUCGGUCUAGUAACCCUUUGGGGUGAAGCUAACGGGAGCACAAUCGACAACAUUUAUCUCUUUUUCAUCAUUCGUGAUUCUGGUGUUCGAAUGGAGGCUGAAGAAGAAGUCACUGAGUAGUUAAUUCGUUACACAAAUCAUAAAUCAAGGUCCAUGUAGAA